UAAGUCUCUUCAUGAGCCAUGAAGGCGCAAGAGCCAGCACUCGACUGUCCCUGCAGCGCGUCGAUGCCAGGGACGCUGGAAACUACACGUGUCAUCCACGCGACCUACCAGCUGCUUCUGUCUCCGUCUAUGUCUUGCAUGAGAAGGAGCCCGCCGCCAUGCGUCACGACGCGAGCACCAACCUUCACCAGACCAGUGCGCCUGUAUUGCUUCUUCUACUGCUCACCGCUCCUCUUGUCAGCAUGCAGCUCUCCUUUGUAUACCCAUUCUUGUCAGCCACGUCCCAGUUGAAACACUUUCUUUUGCCCAAAAUUGUGAACGUUGCAAUGAUCGCAGUCUCAUUUCUUCGUUUUAUUGCGACAUCAAUGCGAUCUUGUUUCACCCGCGAACGCAAGCCGCCAGUUAAUGUAAAAUACAGCUCUUGGGUUGGCAGUACCCUAACAUGUUCUUGUCAGUUUCGGCUUUUGGCAAUAUUGAAGGGCAGGCCGACUCGGAAUACAAAUACUCCUAGCAUGCGGGAGCUUAAUUGGAGCGCCGUGCCCCCGAGAAACAUUCAACUGGAAGCCAUUUUAAUUCUUGAUCGCUACCGACCUCGGCCAACUGACGGCCGUCAAUUGCCGGGAGCCUCAAAUGCAACUCGGAGAUGUGCAGCAAAACUCAAGCACCUGAGCUCGAAACGUAAUUUAAACUUUGGACUGCAAUUGCGAAUUGUCAAUGAAGCUCCAAGACAUAUUUUCAUUGUGAUUGUAAUAUAAAACUAUUAUUUAAACUGUACAUGUGUUAUAUAAUUACAGGGUUCAUAUGAAAAGUCCUGCCUCAGAUAUUAAAGUGUCUCAUAAUUAGUGUUGUAAAUAUUUUAAGAAGUAAUUUGCUGUACUAAACGACCUAAUUGUUAGCCUAUUUUUGCAAGUUACAUGUUCAGGUAUUUGUGUUAAGGUUUUAGAAUGCUCUUAGUCGAGAGCAGCAGCUGAACGAUCGGGAAUCGUGCUCUCGAAAUUUUUCCGUAUGAGGGUAUAAAUUUUUCUUGAUUAUUUCAACGCCAAGAAUAGGUCAAAAGUUCAAUAAAAUCAUUAACAGAUAGAGGAUGGUUUGAAUUAGUGAAGAAUCUAAGGUGAUUUGUAUCCGUAAUACAGGGGUUUUCCGUUAAUCUUUCUUGUCAAACAAUUUUCGGCAUAUAUACGUAAUGGGUUUUUAAAUUUUUUUUCUGAUCGUCUGUUCAAGUAUACCAAA